CUCGUUGGAACGGAACUAAUGGGUUCAAUGGAUGCCACGGCGAUACCGUAAGCCUGUUAAUGCUAGUGCGUUGAGCUAGCGUUGACCGAUAAUUUCGCGCCUUAACUCAAACGUGCGCGAACGGUGGGCUACGCUGUGCCCUAAUAAGCCAGGCACUCGCGCAGCCGGCGCGUCCACCACCAUGUUCCUCUCCCCCGUGCCCGGUUCGCCGGCCGAGGAACAGCCUCCUCCCGCGGCGGACUUUUACCCGCAAGCGAAGCUGGGGUUUGGCGGCCUCUCGAUGGACGACGAGGGCGACGCGCGCAUGAGCUCGCCGCUCGCGACGCGGCCGCUCAAGCGGAACAAGCUCGCGACGCCGCGCGACAAGGGGACGCCCGCCUCGCGCGCCUCGACGGCGACGGACGGCGUCGACAGCGACGCGAGCGCGGGCGCGGCGUCGGACGACGACGAGUGCGGGGGCUUCUCGCUGCGCGUGCCGCGCGACGGCGGCGCGGGGCCCGCGCGGAGCCUCUUCGGCCGGCGCGAGGGCGGCCCCGGGCGCGAGGCGCGCGACGCGCCGCCGCCGGCGAACGUGAACCCCUUCGCCCCCCGCGACCUGAACCGCUGCGACUCGAUCGACACGAACAGCGGGUCGUGGACCUUCGACGGCGGCCUCAAGCCGGCGCUCGCGGCGCCCGCGGCGCCGCGGCGCGGCGCCGCCGGCGCCCGCCGCGACGCGGCGGCCGACGCCUCGUCGCGCUUCCGCAACGACUUCGAGGUCGUGCGCGAGAUCGGCGCCGGGUCGUUCGGGACCGUGCGCAAGGUCCGGUCGCGCAUCGACGGCUGCCUCUACGCGGUCAAGUCGACGCACGCGCGGCCCCGCGCGAGACGUCGGAAACGAGGCGCCGCCCGAACCUUCGAACGCCCGCGCAGGCGCAGUUCCGCGGCCAGCUGCACCGCGACCGGACGCUCAAGGAGGUCUUCGCGUUGGCCGCCCUCUCCGCGCGCGACGAGGGCGCCGAGGGCCUGCGGCACAUCGUGCGCUACUACCAAGCCUGGAUCGAGGACGAGCGGCUGUACAUUCAGACGGAGCUGUGCGACGCGUCGCUGGAGAGCCGCGUCCGCCGCGGCCGCUUCCUGCCGACGCCCCCGGCGGUCUGGGGCUUCCUCCGGCAGAUGCUCCUCGCGCUCGAGCUGCUCCACGCGCGCGGUCUGGUCCACCUCGACCUCAAGCCGGGCAACAUCUUCGUCAAGGGCGAGGACCCGCGCGGAAGUCGUGUUGCCGCGGUCUCGCCCCCCGCCCGGGGCCGGGGGGCGAGCGCGCGCGGGGGGCGCGCCUCGGACGACGCGCGUGUCACGCAGGCGAGGACUGCUACAAACUGGGCGACUUUGGCCUCGCGACGACCGCGCGCGCGCGCGGCGACGUCGUCGAGGGCGACGCGCGCUACAUGAGCAAGGAGCUGCUCGACGACGACGAUUUCAUGUCCGGCGGCAGAUCCGGUCCGCGCGACCUGACCAAGUGCGACGUCUUCUCGCUCGGCGCGACCGCGUUCGAGCUCGUGCGCCGCGCGCCGCUCGCGGCCAACGGGCCCGCGUGGCACGCGCUCCGCGACGGCGCGGCGGCGUUCCCGGCGACGGUCCCGCGCGACCUCCGGGACGUCAUCGCGGGCCUCGUCCACCCGAACCCGGCGUGGCGCCCGACGGCCGCCGCGGCGCUCCAGCAUCCCGAGCUCCAGUCGGAGGUCCAGCGCAUGGCCCUCCAGCUCGCCGCCGAGAAGCAGCACGUCCAGCAGUACCGCGAGGACGUCGCGCGCCUCUCCAAGCACCGACUCGCCCGUUCAAACACGUGGGCCUGAUUCACUCCCCCCCCCCUGGCGCCCGUACUAAGAAUUGUAAUAAAGUGGGACUCCCUGCUUCUCGGGGCCUAUCUGUAGCGCGUGUGUCCCCCCGGACCGGUGGGUCCGGAGCAGCAGUUGUAAACGUCGGCAGUUUGGCCCGACUUGUCCUCUAGACUUGUCCAUGUAUCGCCAUCAUCUUCAGUCAGUGCCUCCGCGAAUCGCGAAACCCUGCCGAUUGGCAAAUUGCGCUCGUAAAAACACUAUUCAAGAAGGGCGACAGACAUUCGUGGAAAAAUUACCGGUUGAUCUCGCUCCUCUCCGUUGUGGGUAAAUUGUACGAAUCGGUCCUCGCGAACCGUCUGUCGUGCCUGUUAGACGGCUGCGACCGCCGCGGCGACCAUCUGCUAUCGCAAUUUCAGGGUGGCUUCCGUCGCGGACGGAGCUGUCAGCACCAGAGUUGGGUCCUGUCGGAACUUAUAAAAUCGAACGCACGCCGCGGGAAGAAGACCUACGUGGCGUUUCUCGACGUCCGGAAGGCCUACCCCACGUGCCGCCGCGCCGCGAUGUUGGAACGUCUUUACGCGAAAUUGGCGGCCGCGCCUGGCGGUUCGGAGAAUCACCGCCCGAAGCUCUUCUCAGCCGUAGCCACGAUGCUUCGAACGGAGAAUUGCCGCUCGAAGGUCGUGGUGGACGGCGCCGAGUCCGCCGAAUACACGGUGGGCCACGGCCUACGUGAAGGGGCCGUGUUGAGUCCCGUCCUGUACGCGGUUUUCAUCGACGAUAUUGCGCGUCGCCUCGAGGCGUCGUUGGGGGAUAAGUUGCCCCGGGAGAUUGAAAAUCCGUUGUAUCGUUAUCUCAUUGCUAUUUCGAAGCUCCGGUUGGGCAUCCUGACCGAGCGGGGAGAAGGCUCCUAG